AGUAAAGCGUUUUCAUUACCAAAUUGACUAGAAAAAUGCAGAAUGGAUUAUGACUUCAAAAGACAAAAAGCUGCCGAAAGACAAAAAGUUGAAGAUUUAUUUGACUUUGAAGGAUGUAAAGUUGGAAGAGGGACAUAUGGUCAUGUAUACAAGGCCAAAAGAAAGGAUGGAUCUGAGAGCAAGGAGUAUGCCUUAAAACAGAUAGAAGGGACAGGGAUAUCUAUGUCAGCAUGCAGGGAAAUUGCUUUGCUGCGGGAGCUGAAGCACCCUAACGUAAUCAGCCUACAGAAAGUCUUUCUGUCUCAUCAGGACAGAAAGGUCUGGCUCCUCUUUGACUAUGCAGAACACGACUUAUGGCAUAUCAUAAAAUUUCAUCGGUCAGCAAAGGCUAACAAAAAACAGAUUGAUGUCCCAAGGAACAUGGUAAAGUCUCUCCUGUACCAGAUCCUUGACGGAAUUCACUACCUCCACGCUAACUGGGUAUUACACAGAGAUCUGAAACCUGCCAAUAUUCUUGUGAUGGGGGAGGGUGCAGAGAGAGGCAGAGUGAAAAUAGCUGACAUGGGAUUUGCCAGACUGUUUAACUCCCCUCUGAAGCCCCUGGCUGACCUUGACCCUGUGGUUGUGACAUUCUGGUAUAGAGCUCCAGAACUUUUACUUGGUGCUAGACAUUACACUAAAGCUAUUGAUAUAUGGGCAAUAGGAUGUAUAUUUGCAGAACUUUUAACAUAUGAACCAAUAUUUCACUGUCGACAGGAAGACAUUAAAACUAGUAACCCUUAUCAUCACGAUCAGCUGGAUCGUAUAUUUAAUGUCAUGGGUUUCCCACAAGAAAAAGAUUGGGAAGAUAUAAGAAAAAUGCCUGAACAUAAUACAUUAACCAAAGAUUUUAAAAGAUCAAACUAUUUAAACUGUACACUUGUUAAAUAUAUGGAGAAACAUAAAAUCAAGGCAGAUAGCAAACAGUUUCACCUGCUCCAGAAGUUACUGACGAUGGACCCAACCAAGAGAAUCACCUCAGAUUACGCAAUGAAGGACCCCUACUUCACAGAGGAGCCUCACCCAUCUCAAGACAUAUUUGAGGGAAAACCAAUACCUUACCCCAAGAGGGAGUUUCUGACCGAUGAGGAUGAUGAUAAAGCAGAUACAGGGGCCAGCAAGGCUACAGAUCAGUCCUCGAACCACACCCAGCCAGCCAAGCGUGUCCGUGUGAUGCCCCCCUCUACGACCACCACCAAUUCCUCUAUGGUAACUAGUGACUACCAGGGAAACGGCUGGCAAACACGCAAGUCUAGUCACAUGCACAACGUCCAGGGCAGCACCCAGCCUGGAAUGACCUUCACCUCUGGAGGUGUACAGACCUCAACAAGUUCUACAACGAAUUACGGCCCCACUUCCCGAUUCUGAAAGUCCUUAAAACGUAACAAGUAUACAGGCCCUUUUUCUCAGCCGGUUGAGAAUUCGGAAAACUUAUUAAGAAUGAAGAUUUUCUUUACCCAAGAAAAAAGUAUGGGAAUUAGAUCAAUUGUCUAAAUUUCAUUUUCUUUAUUCCAGUAUGUGUAUCAGUGCAUUAUGUCAGAGUCAAGGAUGUAAGACCUUUUUGUAAAAUAUUUAAUUUUUGAGGAUUUAAUGUUUUAGUUAUUCCAUUGUAUGCAAAUUGCAGAUAAUUGACAUCGUGAAGCAUUUUAAUAUUGACUCUUAGUACUGUAUUAAUAAAGAAUUAUAUGUAUUAUGUUAUAAUUAAUGAUUUAUGAUAAUAAGAUGUAACAAUCAAUUAUUCCGGGUGUUUAACAAUGAAUUUUCAUUAUUGUGACAUUUUAAGAAAUAUAAGGGCAAAUAUGUCAUGGUAAU